AUGAAAAAAAAAACACGUUUACCAAGAUCUAAUAACCCUUGGGAAAACGUGAAAAGCCUAAAAACUUGCGAUGUUGAUCUGUUAUUUUCCUAUGAUUUGAGCAAAGGUGUUAAUAAUAAGUUUGUUUCAUUUGCUCUUAAUUUAUUAUCGGUUAGUAAAAAAUAUGAUUUAAUAUUUAUAAGUUACGAUCAGUAUAUUCACAUAUACGAAUUAAAUAAACUUAUAGAUAAUAGUAAAUGUUAUAGAAAUGGACAUUUUAGGAGUGAAAAAUCGAAGAGUAUUAAUAGUUUUAUAAAAUAUGGAAUAGAAAAAAGUAAUAAGUCUUUUAGUAAUUUGAAUAAACUUAAAUAUGCUUAUGACGAUGUUAAAAAAUGUUUAGAUUUAAAUGAAUGUUGUAUUCCUUUUCCUUCAAUAAUAUUAUCUCCAUAUAUGCAUUCCAAAGGAUAUGUUAAUAUAAAAUGUGAAGAACACAACAAUUAUGAUAAAAGCUUAUUAAUAUCAGUUGGAUGGUCUGAAGAUACGAAUGUUUAUUAUAUUGACAAAAUUUCAGAGUGCAUAAAUAUUAAAAAUAAUAUAAAAUACUUAUUAGAAAAAAAUGUAUAUGAUAUGGCGAGAUAUGAAAAAAACGAUUUAAAUGUUAAUGAGAAAUACCACCUCAAUAUGGGUAAUAGUUUUUUUCAAAGUUUUACUGAUCCAUAUCAUUUUUUAAAAAAAAUAAAAAUCGACGAAGAUAAUUUUAUAUUAAAUUUAUUAUAUAAUAAUGAUGAUAACAAAAGAAAUGCCAACAACAUUUUUAAUGGUUAUGAUGAAUAUUGUGAUGCCUUUGAAUUGUCCUCAAGUUUGAGUAAUUUUAAUUAUUUAAAAAACACUGAAAAACAGAAAAGGAAUUGGCGUUUAUACAAGUUGGUAAUUCAACGUAAGAGGAAGCGAACAAAAAAAAAAACACACACUAAAUUAAAUAAAAUAAAACGGUUAGAGAAAAACUUAGAUAAUAUUAUCAUUGAUCUUGAAAAUACUCGGCAAAAUUCGAAGGGUAAAAAUAAAUUGGGUACAUUAAACUUUUACGAUACUUCAAAAAAAAAUGGAAUAUGUGUAUACAAAAAGCGAAUCAAUAAAAUUGAGAACCGAUUAUUUAAUAAAAACCUGUCUCUUAAUAUAAGCCUAUAUAGAAGGAAUUAUAAAUAUAUUUCACAAAAUGAAGAACAUAAGAAAAAUUGCAUUUAUAUGAGCAACAUAACAGAUGCAAUAGAUAUCAAUUCUUACAAUUGGAGAAAAAAAAGAAAGGAAAAGGGAAACAAACAAACACAAUUUCGAGUGAGUGACAUUUAUAGUAGUCUUGAAAGUGCUGAAGAAGAUGCAGAAGAUGACGAAGAGUCAGAUAAAAAAGGGAAUAGAAAUUCAAAAAAUUUUAAAAAAACAUAUAUGAAAUUUAAAAAAUUAAAUCAAAAUAAUGAUUUAAAGAAUGGUGAAUCUGAUAUAGAAGAAAUUACAUUUUAUAAAAAGUAUCAUGGUGAUACAUAUGUGGGGUAUAAUUUGAGAAAUAAUUUACACAUAGAUGAAAAAAACAGUUACAUAAACACAAUUAGAAAGGAAGAUGAAUUUUUUGAUGAAUAUAUAAAAUCUUCUGAUGACGAAGAUGGAUGUGAUAGUAAAUACAACAGUAUCAUGAUAAGGAGUGGUUAUAGAAAAAUAAAAAAAAACAAAGAAAACGAAAGGGAAGGAAAAUACGUGAUAAGCAAUCUGAACACUUCUUUUAAUAUUAGUAUACUUAAUAAUAAAUGUUUAAAAGAUAUGAUUAAAGAAAAAACAAGUAGAAGAAAUAAUAUUCCUGAAAAAAAUGUAAUAGAUAAAGAUGACGAUAUUUAUAUAAGGAAAGAGCAUACGAGGGACAAUCAAGUUGAUGGAAACGAUAGUAACAUUGAAAAUGUAAAUAGCAUAUCACAAAUGAAAAGGAAAAAAAUGCAAGAAAAUAUAAAGAAAUUAAAAAUUAUAGAUAAAUAUAUGAAGGGGUAUAGAGCAAAUAUAAAGAAAUUAGAUAAAAUAAAAGAGGACAGAAAAAGAAUUGUUAAUUUUUGGAAAUUAUAUAUAAAAAAAGAAUAUUAUAAUGCAUAUAGUAAAAAAUUAGAAUCAUUUUUAGAUCCAAGUACUAAAAUAAAAUAUCAUAGUAUAUGGAAUCAAAUUGAUAUAUUUUCAUUUGAUUUAUUUAAUUUGGGAUAUUAUGAUCAGAUAUUAAAAUCGUCUUAUUUAUUUGUCGAACCAGAUAUUGUAUUUAAUAAUAAACAUUGUUGUAAAUCUGAUACAUCAACUUGGGCUAUUUCUUUUAAUUUUGCUAAAAAUUUAUUAGCAAUUGGUUCAAAUACACAUAAUAUAAAUAUAUAUAAUUUGAAUAACUUUUACUAUUUUAGAAAGAGGUACAACUAUGAUGAAGCAACCAAAUUUUUUAAAAGCACUUUUAUCGAUAAAAAAAUUGAAACAAGUAAUUUAUUUGGAAACGGCUCUAAAUGUUUAUUAGAAGUUUGUAAUAUAAGUGAUGGAAAUGAUUUUUUUAAAAAAAUACUAAAAGAUAAAAACAGUAAAAAGAGAAGAAUUGACGCGAACAAGUGGGAAAAUACAAAUAAAGGAAAUAAUACUAAAUGUCAUGACCUUGACAAUAUAGACAACAUUUGGAUUCAUAUAGAUACAGAAAAUUAUAAUAAAAGUAUGAAAAAAAUAUGUGAAUAUAAUUACAAUAGUGAAGAAGGAUCGAUGUUUAAUAGGAAAUAUGAUGACAUUUUCGAGAAAAACGGAAUAAAUAAUCUAUUAAAAAGAAGAAAGAAAAAAAAAAAAAAUAGAAAUAACUUCAGCAGUGAUAAUGAAAAUGCAAUGGAAAAACAACAUGAAGUAAAACAUUGUAUAAACGAAAUAAACACGGGUACACUGUACAAAAAUAGCUAUAUACCUGUCAACUUAUUAAUACUAUUUAAUAGGAGGCGAGAAGUUUUGAAAAAUAGUUUAUUAACAAUAUCAUUUAAUUUUCCUAGAGAUUUAAUUAUGCUUUUUUUAAAAGAAACAAAUUUAGGGGAUGAAAUUUGUAAAAUAAAAUGUAAAAGAAAAUAUAAUACUAAAAGUAUAAUAAAAAAUAUGAGAAAUUUAUAUAGUAAAAAACAUGAAUCCAACGAAUGGAAUAAUUUAAAAUUAUUUAGCAUUAAUACAGUGAUAAAUAAUAAUAAUUAUUAUUUAAAAAAUUGGUAUAUUAGAUAUUUACGUAACAAUGUUAUAUUAAAAAUAAAUAAAAAGUAUUUCUUAAUGCAGCAUAAGAAAAACUCGAAAAAAUUAGGUUGUGGAAAAAAGUGUAGUAGUAUAAAGGAAGACAUAAAUAAAUAUCUAUUUAAUGAUGAGUAUAUAAAUAAAUAUUUUAAUACCAUCUAUAGUUCCAAAAAAAAAUGUUUUAAUUUUAUGGAAAAGGAAAAGAAGUGUAUUAUAACAGAGUGUUUUGAGAAGAGAGAUGAGAAUUUAUGGAAAUUUUGCAAUUGCUUAAAAUGUGAUAAAAACAAAAAGUUGUUGCUAUAUACUAAUAUAUAUAGCUAUAAAUACGCAAACGAAGUAUUGAAAAGUAUAUGCACCAAAUUUAGAAAGUUUAUUAAAGAAAGACAUGAUUUUAAUUUUCUAAAUACAAAUAAAUUGUGUUCCAAUUUAAAUGAUAUAUUUAUAGUUUUGGAUAAAAAUCAGACAACAGAAGACAUAUAUAAUUAUACACAUAUAUCUCAAAAAUAUAUUAAUAAUCUAAAAACAAUUAUAAGUAAUAUACAUACACAUUCUAUAUUGGGAAUAUGCUCAAAUUGUGAACAGCAAAGCUCAAUCGUGAACAAAUAUACAAAAGAAAACAACGAAUUACACGAAUCUGAAUUGUAUAACAAAAAAAUUUUAAUAAUUUGCGAAUUGCGUGAUCAUAAUAGUAACAUAUUAGACAAAAUAUUAUUAACAAAUGAAACAAUAGAAGAAAACGUUGAUUUUUUUUCUACUUCAUUUUCUGGGAGUGAGAAUGAUGAUCCAAGCAUUAAUGAUGCUUUUCCAUUUCAUUUAAAUAAAAAAGGCAGAAAUCGUAGCAAUACAAACAAUAAUGGGAAUAACGAUAAUUCGAAUGAUGAAGAGAAUGAAAGAAACGAAAAAUUUGCAAAGAAUAAAAAAAAAAAAAAAAAAAGUUUUAAAAGAGGAAUUGGAAAUAAAAGGCAUUUAAGUGGAAUUCUAAAUCAAACAAUUAAAAUGGAAAUAUUUGAAUUAAUUAAAUAUAAACCCAAAAUAAUACCAAAAAGUGAUAAAAAUAAAUUACGAAAACAUAAAUUUACAAAUAUUAUUAACAAUAAUUCUUCAAUUAAUUCAGAAUCCGAUUCGAAAGGAAGUAGUUCAUCACAAUUUAGCGUGCAAAUUAAUAACAACGUAGAUUAUUUUACCUAUCAUGCAUUGCAAAUGAAUAAUAAUUUGGACAAUUUUGAAAAUACAGGUAUGUUGAGCGAUAUAGUUAGUAACAACAAUGAUAAUGAUGAUAAUACAAAUGAUUAUGAACUUAAUACAAGUCAAACCAUAAAUAUAAAUGUAAUUAGUGGGACUCGUAGAAUGUUCAGAGGGGAAUAUAAUUAUGGAUUUUCUAAUAACGAGGAAAUGAUUGCUCGAGCAUUAAAUAAUUUUCGAAUUCUUAGAACCGGUUUUUUUAAUAAUUCUAGAAAUGAUUCUACUAAUAAUUCCAAUGACAAUAAUUUAGGAUCAAAUAUGAUAAAUCAAAAUCCUCAUCAAAUUGUUAGAGAGUCACCAAAUAAUUCUCAAGGAGAUUCAAUAGUUGAUUCUAACAACCAUAACGAUUCUAAUAGUGCUUACAUAUUCACCAAUUGGAAUGCUCCUCAUUUAAACAUGUUUCCUAAUAUAUCAAUGUAUGAAUAUUUAAAUAAUGUGAGCCCAUCAACCAAUGCAUUCACUUUAAACGCAAGGACUACAAAUGAUAAUAAUGAAAGUGAAAACAACAUACAUACUGAAAAUGAUAAUAUAAUCAUGAAUGCAUAUACACCCCCAAAUAUAAAUAAUAAUUUGAAUUCCAUUGAGCAUAGUAAUGCAUAUGCAAGAGGAAAUUAUGAUGACGAAUUAAAUAACAGCAAUUAUGCUUAUAAUAAUGUAAAUUAUGAUGUAAAUACAAAUAAUGUAAACAUUCGAAAUAAUUUUUCAAAUGAUAUUUCUAAUCUCGUGCAAUUAAAUAAUAGCAAUGAGUUGGUUUUUCUUAAUGUUGUAUAUAAUAAUGCUUCGGAUAAUGGAGUUGAAAAUACUGAUAGAUUCCCCAUUUUUCAUUUAACCAAUGCAUAUUUAAAUACAAAUGUUAUGAACAAUGUUGAAAGAAAUCUGAUAAAUAAUUCUGUUCACGAAAACAAUAUAGAUAUAAACUCCGAAAAUAUUGUUGUUGGAAAUUUUGUAGGGAAUAUGGAUGAUAAUGUCGAGGAUUAUGUUGAGAUUUCAAAUGAUAAUUUGGAGGGUAAUGGCUCAAACGAUUCAAUAAAUAACACAGGUAGUAAUAUAAGAGGAAAUAGAGAAAGUUUAUGGGGGAGUUUAUUGAACAGAGUAAACACAAACAUCAACAGCCAAGUAGCAAGACAGAACCUACUUAGUCUUAAUAAUGUAAAAAAUUUAAUAAUAAUGGAAAGUUUAAAUCGUUUAAAAAAUAAAGUCAAAAGAAUGAAUGAAAUAAAUAAAAAAUUUAGUGAAGUUCCAUUUAAAUUAACUCAUAUUACUGAAUUAAAAAAAUAUGAUGCAAAAAUUAAAUAUGUAUAUACCUUAUCAAAAAGUGCAGAUGAAAUUUUUAUGAAUUAUAAUAGUAUGAGUAAUUCAGAUUUACAGUACAAUUUUGUUAUUAUAUGUGAAGGAGCUCAAGAAAAACACCUAAAUAGGCAUGCUUUUGUAAAAAGUAAAAAGAGAGAUGAAGCUUAUCAAGUGCAGCAAGCAAAUGAAAAGGAUAUAAUGCAAGUAAGUAGUGCAAACUGUUAUUUUAAUAGUUCAGAUAAAUUACAUGAAACUGAAGAAAAUGAUAAUAAGGAUAGUCCCUUUAUAAAAUGCGAAGGGGAUUAUGAAAACUCAAUAAAUAGUAGCAUGCUUCGUAAUAUGAAUUCAGAUAGUUUUCAAAAUGAUGAAAAUGGCACUUUUAUAAAUAAUGUAAAAAUUUAUAAAACUGAGGAAGAUUACAAAGAUUGCAUUGGUAUCGAUUUUUUUGCUGGUGCAAAUGAUAGUAAUCAUAUUGAAAAUUAUUCGAAGAAGUUUGAUGAGUUAGGAGAUGAUGGCGCAUUAAAAAUGGGGAGCGAUCAAAAUAAUGUUUAUAUACAUACAUAUGAUAAAUCAGAUGAAUCUUCUUAUUAUUCAUUUUCAAGUAGUACGGAAAGUGAUUUUAGCAAUAUCGAAGAAACAUCAUGCGAUGAGUGCCCUGAAUGUGAGGAGCAUUCACAUUUAUUUUAUAAUCAUAGAAGUAAUGUAAUAAAAUUUAAAUCUGCGUAUAAAUUUAUAAAAGGUAAGAACUCUAUUUUAUUUACAAAUAAUUUCAAUGUAGACGUAAAAAGUAAAAAAAAUGGAGAUAUUAGAAAAUAUUAUCUAAAGAAAAAUUGUUCCGAAAAAAAAUCGAUCACCCCCCAAAAAAAAAAUCGUAAAGAAGCGAAAAUUGUGACUCUACAUAUGAAGGAUUUUGACUACAGACCAUGUGAUACUUCAAAGGAUAAUGAAAUAAAGAGUGAGCAUAUUAGAAGCGUAGAAAGUAGCGAAUGUAGCGACGAAUAUAAUGGAAACGAUGAAAUCGUGGUAAAUUCAAAGUGGAUACACAAAACUUUAUUGCAAGAAAAUUAUUACGAAUGCAAAGAAGAAAAAUGCGAUGAAAAGAAAUCAAAGGAAGAAAAAACUAAUAAACAAAUUAAGGAAGUUUUUGAAAAAAUCAGCAGCAAUGGAACAAAGAAAAUAAAUGAAUAUAUGAAUGACGAGAAAAAUGAUAUAAAUGAUUGGAUCAAAAAAAAACUAAAAGUGGAAAAAAUAAAACGAUAUUACAAUUGUAAUGUGAGCUCGCUGAUUCAAUAUAAAUCAAGAGAAAUAGCAAAAUACUUAUUUGAUGAAAAAAAUAUAAAAUAUUUUGAAAACUUUUUUACUUGCACAUUAUUAAAAAAUAAUUUUCGCGACAAAAUAAAAAAUAGAUUAGAAAAUGAAGAAAAUAGUUUAGAAAAUGAAAUUAUAUCGACCUACUCAAAUGUUAGUUUUUAUACAUCUGAUUGGUAUGAUAUAUUUUAUAAAUUUAUUUUUGAAACAUCGCCUAGAUUUUGUGAAAAAAUUAUUAAACAUCACCAGCAUAAUAUACCUUGUGUUAAAUUUUCUCCUGAUGAUCGAUUUCUUUUAUCAUGUUCUGUUGAUAAAUCUAUUGUUUUAUGGAAUAUAUUUAAUACAAAAAAUAAGUAUUUAGAUAAAGACUAUAACAUAUAUGAUCAUAUUUUUCCAUCACAACGAUAUGAGGAUAGUUAUCGCAAAAAUAAUGAGGCAAUUUAUGAUAUAAACAAUGAAUUUGAAUAUAAUACGAAAAUUGAAGAGUUAAAAGAAAAGGGUAUAGGACUAGAGAAGUAUUGUGACUAUCUUUCAAGAUAUAAAAAUUGUCCAAAUGUGUUAUCAAAUAUAUUUGUAAAAACGAACAAUAUGAAGAAAAAGACAAUCUUUGAAAAACCUUUUCAUAUAACAAAAAUGUAUAAAUUUAAAAAAGAGACAGAACUUAUUGAUAAAAUUAAAUCAAGUAAUAUUGUAUGUAAACAAAAUUUAAGCAAUAUGGGUUGGGCGUGUGAUUUUGUUAUAAAAAAAAAUAUUCCAAAAUUUGAUUUUUUAAGUGAGUUGUUUCAAAAUUGUUUACAAUUCGAAUUAACAUCAUCCUAUAAUUAUUCUAUUUAUUAUCAAUGUACUGAUAAAGCAAUUAGUAACUUUUUACCCCUAUUUGAAAAAUAUUCUAUUUUUCAGUUAUUCAGAAGCUCAUUUUUGUGUAUAAGAAAAAAAUCCAGCUCAUAUGAAUAUACAAAACAAGAAGAAUUAGGUAUCCCAUGGAUGAAAAAUCAAAAUAAGCAAACAACAGUUUUAGAAAAUAAUAUCAUAAAAUACUUAUAUAAAAUUGGGAUGAAAAGACAGCAAUAUUUCUUAGAUGGUAAUACAAAGAAUUUAAUAAAUAUAUUGAUAGGAAAAAAUAUAAAUAAUAGAUAUUCAAAGAAAAAAUUAAAAAGAAUAUAUAAAACAAUGAAAUACAUCGCCAAAAAUUUAUUAAAACCAUAUAUUUUAAUCAAUCCCCCACGAAAUAGUAAUUCUUAUAAUAAAGAAAAAUUAGUAGAACUAAAAGAGGGAAAUUUAAAAUGCAAUUCAUGUAUUUUGACGGAUUAUGAUUUAGAUUAUUCAACUAACGAUGGGCAAACAUUUUACAAAAAUUUUAAAGGCGAAAUAAAAUCUGAUUAUAAUUUUUAUACUUAUAUUAAAAAUAAAAUGAGGAAAAAAAAAUUGGAGUAUAGAAAUAUGCAAAAAAAUGGAGUAGACGAUUUCACUUAUCUAUGUGAACAAGGGCCAAGGAAUAAAUUACAAUCAGAUAAUUCUUCUACUAUAUCUGAUGAAGGAAUAGAAGAAUUUUUCGAAAAUAAUGAUAAUGUGAAAUCUGAAAAUAAUAAUAAUAAUGAGUAUGAUAACCGUUUCGAUAUUAAUAAGGUGGAUAGAAUGGAAGGAGAAAAGGAGAAAAAUAAGAAAAAAAAAAGUGACAAAAAAAAAAAACAAGCAGAUGAAGAUUUCGAUACAGAUUAUGUAAAAAGGAUUCAAUUUGAAAAAUCUGUAAUUUACAAACAUAUAUGUAAAAUAAAAAAUGAUACAAGUAUGCGAUUUUUAUCAAAAGAAAACAGAAGAAUUAAAAAUAUAUAUAACAUUAAUUUUUCAAAAUGGAAAACAAUAUUAGAAAAAUUAAUGAAUCAAUAUAGUGAUAUGAAAAUUUUUAGACAUAUAUAUAACCAUAUAAAACGAAAGAUUAUUAAUAAAAAUGUGAAAAAAUAUUUACUAACAAAACAAAGCAUAUAUUUUAAUUUCCAUAUAACUAGAAAUUAUAAAGAUUCAAAAAUUUUGAACGAACUAUUAACCAAUUAUUCUACAUAUUUUUAUGAUGGAAUUGAAAGUAGAGAUAAAGAUGGCAUUGAGGAAAAAUGCAUCGAUAUUAAAAAUAUGAAUAAGCAUUUUUAUUCUUAUUUAAAAUUAAAAAGAAAUUUAUAUAAUGAUACAAAUAAACGUUCAAUUUACUCAUCAAAUGAAGAAAAAAAUGAUUCUAAUGAAAUGAAGAAAAAAUCGCAGUUUAAAAAGUUGGAUUAUAACAGGAAUAUAUCAUCAAAUGCACAAAAUAUGUGCUAUACUAUUAUAUUAAAAAACAAUUUGGAAAAUUUCCAUAAUGUAAUAAAUAAUAUUGUUAACAUUUCAAAUAGAAACAAAAUAAUAAAUCACCACAAAUAUUUUCGAUUAAACUGGGCUUUCAAUUGCAGCAAUUAUACUUAUAUAAAAAGAGAAAUAAAAAAAUUAAAAAAAAAAAAAAAACGCACCAGUGAAAUUAAUGACGAUAAUGAUAAGAAAUGGUACAAAAAGGGAGAAAUUUUUGAAGAAUUUUUCAAAGAUUUUGAUAAAUUAGAUUUAAGAUAUUCCAGAAACGAUGCAUAUAAUGAGAAAGAUACAUGCAUGGAUAGAAAAUAUAAUUAUUCUAAAAAGUUAAAAUCUGGAAUAAAAAAGGGCAAAUUGAAAAAAAAGACAAAUAAUAAUAUAGAGGGUGCGUUAAAAGAAAGGGCAAAAUAUAAUAUAUGCUAUUUAAGUUCAAAAAACGAAAAUUAUAAACUUAAUUAUUUCUACAAUUUAAAUGUUUUACAAAGUUUGUAUAAGCAUUGUGGGAAAGGUCUAAUUGUUGUGAAUAUGCAAUAUUACAAAGGAAUGAAAACGGAAGAAGAAACAAAAAAUAAUAUUACAAAACAAAAUUCUAAAAGCACAAAUAACAAACGUGGUGAAAAUGUAAUAUUCGAUAUUGAUAUAUUUGUAUGCAAGGAAAAAUUUGAUGAUAAAAUUGAGCUAGAACAUAUAAGGGAGAAGAAAAAAUCCCAAAUAUUUAAAACGAUUAUUUUUAUUAUAAAGGUUAAUUUAGACGCUUUGAAGAAAUAUGUGAUGAAAAAAACUAUUUUUGAACAUAAAUAUAUUAACAAUCAAUUUUAUAUUAAUGUAAAAGUUAUGAAAAUAUUUUACUUGACAACGUUACGAAAUUGGGAUUUAAGAAAUAAAAAGGAUGAAAAUAUGCUACACAAUGAAAAAGUUAAGAAAAAAAAUAUAUUAAACUCGCAUUUAUCAAAGGACGAAUAUAUAUUUUUUAUAUAUUUAACGAAAAAUUUAUUUAACAAUAAAUAUAAAUAUUCACUGACAAAAAAAUUAGUAUAUAAAAAUGUUGUAAAAAUUAUUCACUUAAUUUUCAACGCAAAGUCUAUCAACAUAACAAAAAAUAUAAUUAAAGAUUCGAUUUUUGAACUUUCCAAUAUUGAUGAUGCAUCUAUAUUGAGUAACGAUAUUUUUAGUUCUACAUUUAAACUAUUUUUCUCCAUGUUAACCCCGAAAAAAAAAUAUAUACUUAUAUUAAACAUUUCAAUGUUAAGAUUUUUAUAUUCUCAUAUUAGUGAUUCGGUAGAAAGAAUGGGGAAAAAAAAAAAAAAUUAUUAUUAUAGAAAUGAUACAUGCCAUUGCAAAAUGGAUGGAAAAGAAAAUUUUCAGACAAUAAUAAAUAACGAAGAAAAGAAACAAUUAAAUAAUUAUUUAGUAUUAUCAGCUGAUAAAAAUAAAUUAUAUUUGUUAAAAAUCCACUUUACAAAAUUAACUAAUUCUUUUUUUAGUACAAAAUUUGUACCAAUAGUUGUUCAACGUAUACCACAAGAACAUAAAAUAUUAGGAUCCUUUAAAUCAUCACGUAUCAGUUUAUUAAAAAUAAUUAAUGAAAAAUCAUGUAUCAUCUUAGCUAAUCAGUAUAGUAACAUGAUACUUAUUUAUUUUGUCAAAAAGUGCAUAUAUACUAACGCUUUCUUUUUGGUACCUUAUUGUACUAUCCCCCUAUACACUGAAAAAAUAGCUAGGCUUGCUAUUCCGGGCUUUAAUAGGAACAUUAUAUAUGGAAAUAAAAAACAAAUUUUAAAUAAUAUAAAUUAUAACUUCAAAAAUAUAUUGAUGGGAAACGAAAAAGAUACUAACGAGGAGAAAAAUUUUUAUAUUGCUGGGCUUGACGUUGUAUAUGUAAAAGGCGGCGAGAAUGAUUUUAUGAUAAAAAUAUAUGCAAUUUUGCUAAGUAAUAUUAUGUUUUGUUACAAAUUGAACUUUAGCUAUUACUAG